GCUUUAACCGUAUUGAUUUACCCGCAUAUAAAACAUUGGAAACGCUACAACAAAAGCUCACCAUCGCCGUUGAGGAGACUAUGGGCUUUGGCCAAGAAUAGACUGCGGGUUGGUAUAGGAUAUACUCGCAUCACACAGCUUUCUACGAUGUUUUCGUAGCCUUUGCUUUCCAACAACAAAAAAUCCCUUUAUGUCCCCUCAUUGAUCGUUAUUUUGAUUUUUGGUUUCCUCAUUUGGGUAUAUAUGCUUUGGUUGAAGAGUCAGCAGACAGACAUGGUAGGCUUUGGUUUGGCGCUGGCGGAUUUUAUUGUUAUCAGGCAAGAUGUGACGCGUUGAGAUAGAAUGGCUUGCAGCGCCGCCUUGAGGCAUCAGCAAAAAGAAGCAUGCGGGGAUGACGAGGAGAGAUGCUAUAUGAUGUCAAAUGUGAAAAAGAGGCGGGCUAUGGAACGAGAAUACGUGCAUGGCCAUGCGAAACGGGUUGUACAAAGUGGUACUCUGCUGGCUGUGUUGGCCGACAGAUGAGUUAUCCAGUUUUUGGCAUUCCAUUCGAAUUCUUCGAUGACCAGAUGCAUCCAUUAACUGGCGGUGUUGCGUUUGCGAAUGCUGGAGAGCGCAAAGAUGAAGUUAAUAGCUGAAGGGUAUUGCAAGAUAUAGUAAAGCAGGCAUGGAAUGGAAUUUUGACUUUUUCUCUCUCGC